AAUGCACUCGGGUUUCUAAAAUGAUAACUAUAUUUGAAUUAUUAACGUCAUAUAACGAAAGAUAAGGGUAAUUCAGUCAAAUAUUAUGGAUUCAGAAGAAUUUCUAACCUCUGCUCACAUGUUAUUACAAUUCAUAGUAAAUUAUAGGAAUGGUGCAUUUUCUCGUGAAUUCCCUGUUCUACCUGAUAAUAAUAAGAUUAAACCUGGUUAUCUGUUGCCUCUACUACCAAAAGAAGCUCCUGAAGAGAAAGAAAGCUUCGGUGAAAUACUUCAGGAUAUUAAAGAUAAAAUUAUGCCCGGGGUUACCCACUGGCAGCAUCCAGAUUUUCAUGCCUAUUAUCCAACAGGUUCGUCAUAUGCAUCAGCGUUAGGAAGUUUACUCAAUGCGAGUUUAGCAUGCGUGGGAUUUUCAUGGAUAUCUUGUCCUUCUUGUACUGAACUGGAGGUGAUCACAUUAGAUUGGAUGGUUCAUGCGCUUGGAUUACCGCAUAAAUUUCUGUCGGCAUCAAGUAAGAAUGAUCCAUCACAUAAAGGCGGUGGAGUUAUUGAAGUAAGUGCAAGUUUGGCGUGUGCAACAUUAGCACUGGGGCUACGAGAUCAAGCAAUAAAAACUUACAUGCGGAAAGGUGAUCAGUUGACAGAUUUUAAUUACUUCAACGGGGAAGAAUCAGCUUCAAUAUUAAGCCAUUUGGUAGCUUAUACGUCAGAUCAGGCUCACAGUUCUGUUACUCGUGCAUUUCACAUUGCCAUGCUUAACAGUCGUGUGAUCAAGACAAAGAGAAUUGGAAAGCGAUUAGUUUUCGAUCCCGACGAUCUACAGAAUGCUAUAGAAAAUGAUAAAAGCAAUGGACUCAUUCCACUACUGUGUGUAGCAACAUUGGGGACUACAUCAACAUGUGAAUUUGAAGAUCUUCAGGCAAUCGGUAAUAUCUGUCAGAAGUACAACAUUUGGUUUCACGUCGACGGAGCUUAUGGAGGCAGUGCCCUGCUUUGCCCUGAAUUUCGACACUUUGCAAAUGGUAUUGAGCUGGCGGAUUCAAUUAACAUCAACGCUCACAAAAUGAUACUCACUAAUUUCGACUGUUCACUUUUCUGGUUACGUGAUCAUCAUGUGAUAUCAGAUGCAUUCAGUGCCAAUCCAGUUUAUUUGAGGCAUUCUUAUGAAGGGAUGCCAGAUUUCCGUAAUUGGGGAUUGUCACUCGGUCGAAAUUUUCGAGCUUUGAAACUAUGGUUUGUUUUACGAUUGUAUGGACUUAAGAAUUUACGCAAUUUAAUACGUUUUCACGCUGAAUUGGCGAAGUUCUUUGAACAGUUAUUGAUAAAUGAUGAUCGCUUUGAAAUUGUCAACGAUGUCCGUUAUGGUUUGGUUUGCUUUAGAAUAAAGAAUGAUAAUAAAUUAACAAAGAAAUUACAUGAGAAUUUAAUGAAGAAAGGUGAUAUCUUUUUGGUCUUAAGUUCAUACGAUGAAAACUUGGAUCAGAUGAAUACGGAGAAAUCAGAUAAUACGAUUACAUUUCUUCGAUUCACAUGUGUACAUGGUACAAAAAGAGCAGAUGUUGAAUAUGCCUAUGGAAAGAUUGUUUCAUGUAUUGAUGAAAUUCUAAAUGAAUGUAAUAAUUAAUUUACAGAUGUAUUAUUGUGUAAGCAAAUGACAUAAUAAUGAUGAUAUAACAAAAAGUAAUCUAUAAUAAGAUCCUCUGUUUAAUUGAUUUCUCUAUUUUGCUUCUCAUUCUUCG